AUGAAUUCACUCAGUGAAGCAAACAACCGAUUCGUGAUUGAUCUGUUCCAACAGUUGAGAAAAGAAAAUGAGGACAACAUCUUCUUUUCCCCUUUCAGCAUCUUGUCAGCAUUAGGGAUGCUCUUAUUAGGGGCCAGAGAAAAUACUGCACUACAAAUCAAGCAGGUCCUUCACUUUGAUGCAGUCAAUGAAGUCACAGAGAACACAACAGAAAGAGCUACAACAUAUCAUGUUAAAAAGUCAGGAAAUAUGCACCAACAAUUUCAAAACCUUCUGACUGAAUUAAACAAACCCACUGAUGCAUAUGAGUUGAAGAUCGCCAACAAACUCUAUGGAGAAAAGACUUAUCACUUUCUCCAGGAAUAUUUACACGAUGUUAAGAAAUUUUACUUAACCAGUGCGGAAUCUGUUGAUUUUCAAAAUGCUGCAGAACAAAGUCAAAAGAAGAUUAAUUCCUGGGUGGAAAGCCAAACGAAUGGCAAAAUCAAGGACCUAUUUCCUAAUGGAUCUCUUACCUACCUCACCAAACUGGUUCUGGUAAAUGCAGUCUAUUUCAAAGGGCAGUGGGCCCAGAAAUUUUAUAAGGAAAAUACUAAAGAGGGAGAGUUUUGGCUGAACAAGGAUACAAGAAAACCUGUGCAGAUGAUGAAACAAACACUGUCCUCUAAUUUUGCCGUACUGGAGGAUGUGCAGGCCAAGAUCCUGGAAAUGCCAUAUAAAGGCAGAGAUUUAAGCAUGAUUGUGCUGCUGCCAAAUGAAAUAGAUGGUCUACAAAAGCUUGAAGAUGAAAUCACUGCUAAGAAAUUAACAGAAUGGACGAGCUCACAGAAUAUGAGCAGGAGAGAAGUGUAUUUAUACUUGCCUCGGUUCAAAGUGGGAGAGAGCUAUGACCUCAAAGCCAUCUUGGAAGCCAUGGGGAUGGUGGAUGCCUUCAGUUCAGAUAAUGCCAACCUCUCAGGCAUGAGUGAGGUUCCGAAUCUCGUGGUGUCUAAAGUCCUACACAAGUCCUUUGUGGACGUCACUGAGGAGGGAACAGAGGCCACAGCUGCCACCGGCGUAGAAGUUGCUCAAAUAAUAUCUCCACGUUCUGAACCGUUCCAUUGUGAUCACCCUUUCCUAUUCUUCAUCAAGCAAAAUAAGACCAACAGCAUCCUCUUCUUUGGCAGAGUCUCUUCCCCUUAG